AUGCCUCCCCAGCCUAUAAGCCAGGAUACGGAUGAGGACGACAGUAUUUUGUUACCCUGGGAAGUUGAUUGGGUCAAACUACAGCCUUUUCUGAAGAAGAACGGCUAUAAAUUGCGACCUCGGUAUCAUCCAAAUUGGAAACCUCCUUGGACAAGGUUUUGGAAUCUCAAUAAAGAUAUGUCAGACUACUCUGAUUGGCUUUGGACAAGCGUGCCCAAGUUGAUAGAUGCAGUCCGCGUCCGUGACGGUGCCAAGGUGGUGCUCAAACGAGUGGUUCUUGCAGAAGACAAUGUUGAAAUCUUGCAAUUCCUGAAUACUCCAAAAAUGCGCGAAGACAGCAGAAAUAACACCGUCCCACUCCUGGAUGUCUUAUUGCUGCCAAAUGACAGUGGUCUUGAAACCUCCUCGCCUUCCGCACUUCUUGUGAUGCCUAUGUUAUUUCCACUUAUGUCGGAUAGUCUUCCAUAUCGACAUGUUAAAGAGGUUCUUGAGCUACUCGAACAACUAAUCCAGGGAAUUCAAUUCCUCCAUGAACAUCAUAUUGCGCAUAGAGAUGCGUGCUGUGGUAAUUUCUUGAUGGAUCCAACGAACGUUAUCCCAAGCAGCUUUCAUCAUGCCGCGAACUACUGCCAGCCUGACGGGAAAACGCGGAUCAUCUACCGAGAUCGCUGUGCCGUGGCACCUGUUAAAUACUAUUUGAUUGAUUUCGAAACGGCCCGCUUUUUUGCUCCAGGUACUGGCUGUGUUGGAUAUUACGGUCAAGUCAAAUACGUUCCAGAGAUGUCGGGAACUAUUCCAUAUGAUCCAUUCAAGCUAGACGUCUUUCAAUUAGGUGACGUUGUCGACAGAUUCGUUCAAGAGUACGAAGGCUUAGAUUUUCUCUCUCCUUUGGCGGAAUCCAUGAGAUAUUUUGAUCCCGAGUUGAGGCCUACAGCUACGGAAUCACUUUCCAUUCUUCGACAGAUUAUUGCAUCACUUGAUUAUGCUUGUCUAUCAGGGGAUAUCUGGUUAAGAAAGACAACGGCCGAAGAACGCGGGAGGAAAAGUCCACCGCCCCAAAGUAGAGCUACCAGACGCCUUAUAUCAUUUAUUGAAUGGUGGAUCAGGCUGAUAAUGUUAUUCCAAAAAAGAACGUCAAACCCUGUCUGA